AUGUCAGGUCAAGAGACCUCUCCACAGUCUCCCCCCGCCAAUACACCUAAGCAUCGACGACCCUGGACAUCAGCUGAGGAUGCGACUCUGAGGACUCUUGUUGGGCAUUUUGGUGCUAGUAGAGGGUCUGAGGGCAGAUGGAAGGACAUAGCAGCUGGUCUGGAGGGCCGGACGGCCAAGGAUUGUCGAAAACGAUGGCUUCACUCACUCGAUCCUUCAUUGCGCAAAGGUCGAUGGACAUCUCAAGAAGAUGAAAUCCUGCUCUCAGCUUAUGCUCGGCUCGGACCACUUUGGAAUGAAAUUGCACUUCUCAUUCCCGGACGAAAGGAUGACCAAUGCUCCAAAAGAUAUAAUGAUAUCUUGAACCCAUCUGCCAAAAAUCGCUUGAGCGAUUGGACUGCCGAAGAGGAUAACCUUCUACGUCAAGGUGUAGCCACUUUGGGCCAUCGCUGGGUUGCCAUCUCAUCCAGGAUACCUGGCCGACCUCCUCUCACCUGUCGUAAUCGAUGGCGUACACUCUCGAGACUCUCGCAUAACCGACAGAGCAGAUCUCAAGGCACUACUCCAUCGUCCUCAUCUCAGAUGUCCCCAUUCGACAAUGGGAUAUCACCAGCGCCUCACAACCCAAAUCUCAGCAUUGAGACGAAUCAUGGAACUGCGACUGAUUUAAUGCACUUCCCAAUGGAUGCCGAUAUGGGUCAUGAUCAGAUGGGAUCCAGCUUUCUCGACUCAGCUUUCUUCGACACCUUCACAGGCCCUUCCCCAUCGCCGUUGAGAGAAUCCGAUCCCAGUGAUGAAACAGAAACACCGAACGACAUCUCAGCCCAAGCUCCGGCUCCAACAAAUCCUGCACCUGUUCCAGAUCUUUCCUCGAAUAUCACAAGGCAGACACAAAGUGACCCAAAACCAUGGCCACAGCCUCCCAAACCACCACAAGCGCAACAACACCAAAAUACAACUAACGCAUCUUUCAUGCCAUCGCCUUCUACUUGGUCAUCACUGGGUACAAUGCUGCCACCCGGGACCUCUCCUACGGACCAGAACCUGUGGCUAGGAAUAGCCGGCAACCCUCCAACCCCGAAGAACUGGACAGCCCCAGGACCAGUAGACGAAGCGAACCCAUUGCCUCAACGAUCCACCACCACCAUCAUCACCAUCAAUCGGAAGCCGAGGCGAUGCAAACACAUUUACAAGACGAGAAUGGACCUCAAAACCCAGGAUGAUGCGCUUAACCUAACCGAUCUCACCUCGUCCAGUCACGCUAGCACUGGUCUAUUCAUAAGGAUACUGCAGAUUUUGCCCGGUCAGAAUGGUGACCCUGUUCGCUGCACCCUACCUACUGUGUCUCUAUAUGACAACCCAAGUCACGAGGGGUUAUCCUACUCUUGGGGGGAUCCGUCUACGGUCACUAGCAACCUGUAUAGUGCGCUCCGGCGGUUACGAUUUGGCGACAAAACGCGGCAUAUUUGGGCGGAUGCGCUUUGUAUUAACCAAGCCGAUACGACUGAAAGGACUCAUCAAGUCGGACUGAUGAGAAACAUUUAUUCAUCCACCACAGAAGGCAUAUUGUGGCCUGGAGAGUUCUCUGGCAACGGUGACGUCGGCGCAAAUUCCAUUUCGCAUGAUACCGCUGCAACAGCAUUUGAUUUAAAUUCUCAAGAGUAUUUACAGUCGAUGGCAAGAGAAGAAUUAGAUCUACCACUAUCAGAAGCCAAACGUGCGCAUCUCAUGUCGGCGAGGCAUGAUCGAAACGGCUGCUAUAUUACAAAUCCUCAGUGUCAUGACGUUCUUUACAAAAUUUGGGACUGCAUCGAAGGCUUUCGCCUCUUACAGGAAGAGCGUGAUAAAGGUAUCUUGGUUAGGAUGGCCUUGGAAAUGUUCAGGUUCCGGAGCAGGGCUUUGGCCGAUUACACUAUUCCUCAUGAGACAGCAUUCAAGUACGUUGUGCGAUCGCUUAUUCAGGAGUCAAACAACCUUGGGCCUUUGCUUCGAGUUGCAGAGCAUGCUUCAUUACGGUCAGUGACUCUGCCUUCUUGGUGUCCAGACUAUGGAUCGUCUUUUCCGGAGACCCAUGAGAAUCUUGAUCAAGAGUUUGGAUGGCUUUAUAUGUACAAUUGGUACGAAGCUGGGGGAAAGGAUGGACCAACUACCAGAUUCUCACUUAUCGACUCGAGACUUGACCUACAAGGUAUAGUCGUGGAUCGGAUCAUCAAAGUUGAGGUGCCGAUAUACAACAACGAUGACAAGGCCAAGAGUAUUUCUCACUGGCAACAACAUCGAUAUUCUUCCGUUCGCUGCCCGGGAGCAUACGACGAGACCGGUUGGUGCGAAAUGGUGCGUGACAUGUCUGUCGUCUUCUCCAACAAGCCUUGCGAAUACGCCAGACCUCGGACAAGGACCGGCUUCGAUACGAUGAUCGAUCAUCUCAGUGACCCAGAGUCCCAAUUUACUCUAUUUCAGUACCAAACCUUCCAUACAGAAACUGGCUUGGUCGGCUAUGCGAGGCUUGAUGUUCAAGCAGGUGAUGUUAUAUCUGUUUUACUGGGGGGUAACAUGCCGUUUAUACUAAGACCACUUGAUGACGGAACUUUUGGUUAUGUUGGACAGGUGUUUGUUCAUGGGAUCAUGGACGGGGAAGCCCUUCAACAGGGACGUGAGUUGGAGUGGAUCACCCUUGUAUGA